AUGAGAGGUGGCCGCCAUCUCCUAUUCGGCAUCACGGCCCUUGUGAAGCUGAAGAUCGUCAAAAAGAGGACCAAGAAGUUUAUCCGGCAACAGUCAGACCGAUGUGUCAAAAUUAAGCGUAACUGGUGGAAACCCAGAGGUAUUGACAACAGGGUUUGGAGAAGAUUCAAGAGCCAGAUCUUGAUGGCCAACAUUGGUUACAGGUGCAACAAGAAAACAAAGCACAGGCUGCCCAGAGGUUUCCAGAAGUUCCUUGUCCACAACAUCAAGGAGCUGGAAGUGCUGCUGAUGUGCAACAAAUCUUACUGUGCUGAGAUUGCUCACAACGUUUCCUCCAAGAACUGCAAAGCUACUGCGGGAAGAGCAGCCCAGCUGGCCAUCCGAGUCUCCAAUCCCAAUGCCAGGCUGCGCAGCGAAGGAAAUGAAUAG